AUGGAAUGGGAGGUCGCCAGAUGGGCCAAGCUUCGUGGUCUGAGUUCAACAGAAUUGUCAGACUUGCUUGCAAUCGAGGGGGUCAGUGAACGCUUAUCACUCUCAUUCAAGAAUGCGAAUGAGUUGAAUGCUAUUGUCGACCAUGGGCUUCCAACCGGCCAAGCGUUUGACAUCUACCAUCGUGAUGUCAUCGAGUGUGUCAAGUCGUUGUAUGGUGAUCCGGACUUCGCCAAAUAUCUAGCAUUUGCACCUGAGCGACAUUAUUCUGAUAAAGACGAGAAUUCAAAAAACUUGACCAGCACAGUCCAGGCGGCACCAUCAUUCCCAUCAUUAUCUCAGUCCGACAAAACACAAGUCACAUUGUUCCGCAACAAGUCCGUCUAUCCUGUGUAUCUCACCAUUGGCAACAUCCCGAAGGAAAUCCGACGCAAGCCUUCGCGUGGGGCACACAUACUUCUAGCUUAUUUGCCUUGUACACGCCUUCAGCAUAUCACCAACAAAGCUUCACACCACCGAACUUUGGCAAACCUUUAUCAUGCAUGCUUGGGUCGUGUUCUUGCUCCGCUGAAAUCCAUAGGAGUAGAUGGACUUCAUAUGGCUAGUGGGGAUGGUGCCCUUCGCCAUUGCCACCCGUUAUUUGCCAGCUUUGUUGGUGACUACCCAGAACAGCUUCUUGUGACUGGGAUCAAGUUCAGAGAAUGUCCAAAAUGCGAUGUGGACGCGGACGACACGGGUAGCAACACGGCUCCUUUUCAUCUACAAAAUCUAACCAAGGUGCUAGACGCCCUCGCUGCCCUCAACGAAGGGAAUCUAUCAUUUGUACGUGCUUGCACGGCAGCAGGCAUCAAGCCCAUUGUCCAUCCUUUCUGGGAAGAUCUCCCUUUCACCAAUAUAUUCUGUGCAAUCACACCAGACAUGUUACAUCAAUUAUAUCAAGGCUUGAUAAAGCAUCUCUUGGGUUGGUUAUCAGCCGCUUGUGGAGGAGCCAAAAUUGACGCUUGGUGUCGCCAUCUUCCUCCCAAUCACCAUAUAUAUUUGUUCAGCAAGGGUAUCACCUGCUUGUCGCGUAUAAGCGGAACUGAACAUGCUCAAAUCUGCCGUUUUCUCCUUGGCAUCAUCAUUGGCAUCCGUUUGCCCAAUAAUCUAAAUGCGGGCCGUCUUCUACGAGCAGUGCAAGGCCUACUGGACUUCCUCUAUCUUGCUCAAUAUCCAUGUCAUAGCUCGGAGUUGCUACAGCUGCUGGAUGAUGCACUUGAUCUUUUCCACAAGAAUAAGGAUAUCUUCAUCGACCUCGGUAUCCGUUCGAAUUUCAAUUUACCUAAACUUCAUGCCACUCGCCACUAUUCUGCCAUGAUUAUGAUGUUUGAUGAAUUUGUGCAGAUGAUGUGGUGGCUCGAGCACAAGGAGAAGAUUAUGCGCCAUGACAAGUAUACUAUGCCUUACCAUUCGCGCCCCCCCCGAUAUGACUUUUUUCAAACACUGGAUGUGUUAGCGCAGGAUGUCCAUUUCCCAUUCCGAACUCUCCCCGUUUUUCACAGGGUAAAGUGGCUCUCAGUAGACGCUCGUGGUCACGGUGACGCAACAGCCACGUUGGACUCUGUACAUGCCAGACCACAACAGAGUUCAGGUUCGAGUCUGCGCCCUCGCCGUUCAGAUACUGCUCUGGAUGGAGUCACUCACAAUCAUCUGAAUCUAGGAGUCCGCGUUGGGCAAGUGCGAGUCAUUUUCUCAUUACCUUCAAAAUCAGUUCCACUCCUGUUUCCACCAACAGUCAAGGUUCCCACUCACUUCGCUUACAUUGAAUGGUUUGAACCAUUCACUUCGGCUCCCAAUCAACAUCAUGGACUUUACAAGCUCUCACGAUCAUUGCGCGGUGGUGAAAAAGUAGCAAGUAUCAUGCCAUUGGCAAAUAUUGUGCGUAGUGUCCAUCUGAUGCCAAAUUUUGGAGCCGUCGUCCCACGAGAGUGGAUGAGUGACACAGUUCUCGAUAAUUGUAAUACUUUUUGGUUGAACUCAUACAUAGAUAGAUAUACUUUUUCUUUAUUCAAAUGA